AUGGCGGUGGGCUCGCUGGCUCGCAUGCUCAAGGGUCAAGUGCGAUGCUACUCCGCACCGCUAGACAUGGCCAUUCCGGCGUCCAAGCAGCGCUACAUUCCCACAUCAGGCACCUAUCCUCAGGGGUUCAAGGUGUCUGGCACACAUGUGGGCGUCAAGGCAUCCAACUCUCGCUUUCCGGAUCUUGCGCUCAUCGCGUCCGACACGCCGUGCUCGGCUGCCGCCGUCUUCACCACCAACAAGUUCCAGGCAGCCCCGGUGCAGGUCAGCAAGCAGACCUUGAAGAGUCGCAAGGGCGAGGGCAUUCGGGCCGUAGUCAUCAACUCGGGCUGUGCCAAUGCCGUCACGGGGAAAGGUGGACUGGAGGACGCGGUGCAGAUGGGCCAGACGGUGGAUGAGUGCAGCGGAGCAGAGAAGAAUAGCUCCUUGGUGAUGAGUACGGGUGUCAUUGGACAGCGUCUCCCAAUCAAGAAGAUCCUCGAUCGCAUCCCCGCAGCGCAUGCCUCCCUCGACUCAACUCACGAUGCCUGGCUGACCACGGCGCGUGCUAUCUGCACCACGGAUACGUUCCCCAAACUGCUCUCUCGCACCUUCAGUCUGCCCUCCUCUCCCGGUCGAACCUACAGUCUGGCCGGCAUGACCAAAGGAGCCGGCAUGAUCCAUCCCAACAUGGCAACUCUGCUCGGUGUUCUCUGCACCGAUGCUGCCGUCGAGCCCGCCGCUCUGCAGUCCAUCCUCAAGCACUCUGUCUCUCGCUCCUUCAACUCCAUCUCGAUCGACGGUGACACGAGUACCAACGACACUAUUGCCGUGCUCGCCAAUGGCGCCGCUGGCGGUGAGAUGGUUCGAGCUCCGACCUCGGCCUCUGACGCCAGUGCCGACUACGAGGCUCUGCAGACCGUCUUCACCGAAUUCACCCAGUCUCUGUCGCAACUCGUGGUCCGUGACGGCGAAGGUGCGACCAAGUUUGUGACGGUUCGUGUUCGCAAUUCUCCCGACUAUGACUCGGCUCGCCUGAUCGCCUCAACCAUUGCACGAUCGCCUCUGGUGAAGACUGCCCUGUAUGGUAAAGACGCCAACUGGGGUCGUAUUCUGUGUGCCGUGGGUUACACCCAGGGUGUCAAGGACGGUGUUGUUGUGCCCGAACGUACCUCUGUCAGCUUCCGUCCUGUGGAUGGAAGCCCCAUCCUCAAGCUCCUGGUCAAUGGUGAGCCGGAGGCGGUCGACGAGGAGCGGGCCAGUGUCAUUUUGCAGAAUGAGGACCUGGAGAUUGAGGUCGAUCUGGGUGGUGGUGAACAAGGGGCUGCUGGUUGCGGUGGGGAAGAUGCGGUCUACUGGUUCUGCGAUUUCAGCCACGAGUAUGUCACGAUUAAUGGCGACUACCGCACUUGA